AUGUCUAACGAGAUUGACCAAGAAACUCUGAAUUUGAUCAUUGAGCUUCAGCUGCAGGAUGCUCAGCGUCGUCAAGUGGAACGGCCUGAUGCUGAGCUCGCAUUACAACUGUAUUGUUCCGAGCUCGAGUCUCUGGGUACGACAUAUUCCGACCACGCCAUGAGCCGUAGCAUGGCUCAUGCCGCCUUGACCGAUGGAGACUUCAUCAGGAAUCAUCUUGAAGAAGAGCAGCAAGCUGUACGUGACCGAGAAUAUGCGAUUCAUGGGCAACUGUCAGCGGUAGUACCGGUAAUAGCCACACCAGACACAGUUAUCGAAGAUGGAAUGCUUCAGAAGCUUGCCGCCCUAUACAAUGGCGUUGACGAUGGCCGGUCUUCGGUUGUCGGCGAGCCUUCGUCCAGGCAGACGACGUGGGCAGGCCAAUCAUCCUCAGCCACUAUGAAUGGACGAUGUGUCGCCUCAAGGCUCUUCAAAGCGGCUAUGAGCGAUGAGUCUCUCUUUCCUCCUCGAUGCUGUGGCCAAUCAAUUCCUCUUGGAAGUAAUGAGAUCUUCCUUCCGGCAGAGCUGGUUCGAGAGUAUCGAGCAAAGGAGUUGGAGUACAGUACGCCAAAUAGGACGUACUGCUAUCGGCCCUCUUGUUCGGCCUUUAUUCCUCAACAGUCUAUUCAGGGAGACAAAGCACAUGCCGCUGCGGCGCUCAGUUUUGCUACUGGGAUGAAAAUCGGCUGGUCGGUCGAGCGAAUGUUGUCGUUGAUCGGGAUGCGGAUGGACGUCAACUGGAGAGAGAGCAGCGGGUUGUUCUUGUGGAACAAGCAAGAAACAACUUGGUUCAAAACCAUCAGUGCGCGCAUCGGAGCUGGAGAUCUCGCCGCGGCCCCGUUCGAUGCGAUCAGUGUCAGGCCCGGCUGUCGGACUGCGUCUACGAAUGCCGUGAUUGUCGCGUUCUGGGUUGCCGAAGGUGCCGGUAUAAUCGUCUGUGAGAAUUUGCUAAUACCGGAGUUUGAUUGA